UGCGCAGGCGCAGUGGCCGGAAGACGGACCGUGUGUUUCCAAAAUGGCGGCAGCGAUGGAUGUGGAUACCCCGAGCGGCACCAACAGCGGCGCGGGCAAGAAGCGCUUUGAAGUGAAAAAGUGGAAUGCGGUAGCCCUGUGGGCCUGGGAUAUUGUGGUUGAUAACUGUGCCAUCUGCAGGAACCACAUUAUGGAUCUUUGCAUAGAAUGUCAAGCUAACCAAGCGUCGGCUACUUCUGAAGAGUGCACCGUGGCAUGGGGCGUCUGUAAUCAUGCUUUUCACUUCCACUGCAUCUCUCGCUGGCUCAAAACACGACAAGUGUGUCCGUUGGACAACAGAGAGUGGGAAUUCCAAAAGUAUGGGCACUAGGAAAAGAGAAUUCUUCCAUCAAGCUUAAUUGUUUUGCUAUUCAUUUGAUGACUUGCUCUCCUGUUACUUAAUUAUAAAUUAGAUAGAAUCGUGUCUUUUCUGCUUUGUCUCUUCAGUUUGCUAUUCCUGCAGCCAUAUGUAUUCUGUGUCAAAUAAAGUCCAGUUGGAUUCUAGAAC